GCUAAUGUAUCCAGCUACUCGUUCAUGCACAAAAUGGAUCACGAAGAGUUCACGUCUGACUCCAGUUCGCCACGAGAGGAAAUCCCACACGAUGCUCAAGCUGCGCAAGUGAGCAAUUCUACAGGAUCGUCAUUGUUGCCGACAAAUGAGAUUCCCGAAGCUCAAGCACUGCUUCUGGACCGAACAACCCGUGAACUAGAACAGCUUUGUUCUAAAAACAUCGAGGUACAAACGAUCAAGGCACAUUUGGAGAGUUGGAUGGUUGGAUCGAAUUCAACGAAGUUGCAGCCGAAUCUUCUGAUUCGACUCAAUAGCUCAGGAGCUCUCCAGUAUGCAGUCAAGAAUCAACGCAAAGAUGUUGUGCGCGUACUGCUCAAUUACGAUCUCGUCCCAAGCGAGAGAUCGAUUUCAGCAGCAUUGGAUCAUGUUAAUAAUACAGGAGAUACGUCCAUGCUUCAGCUCCUGAUAGAUGACGGAUGGGAUAUCAAUCAACUCUACAAUAGGUCUCGACCUUCUAUCAUGAGUGUCGUCGUAGGCGAUGUAAACCUCGUGAAAUGGUGUCUGUCACUUGGUGGAGAUCCUAACGCAGUCAGCCCUUCCGGAAUGAGUGUGCUUCAUCGCGCCGCUUGCAUCGGGACUAUUGCGUCUCUUGAGGCCUUGCUCGCUGCUGGAGGGCAAAUCCAAUCACCCUGCCACUCCGACGACAUUGUUGCUCACGCUGCUAGCGUCCACGAUGAGUCCUACAAUCGAAUUCCUGUUAUCCAAUAUCUGUUGGAUCGUGGCGCUGACAUCGACGCCUACUAUGCGCAGCGCCACGAUCCCAGGGAAACGUCGGGGCUUCAACUCUGGAUAGGCACGCAGACAGCACUGCACAUCGCGAUCGAAAGAGACAGUCGUGAUCUGGUUGAGUUCUUGAUACAGAAAGGUGCAGAUCCCAGCAAACGUAUGUGGAACUACAGCACCGUAUGCGUCCUUCUCGAGGAAUGGAAAGGAAGGUCUGGUUGGGAAGAACAUAUACAAUGGCUCGACGCUAUCAGCUACGCCCGCUUUUUAGGUCGCGAGGGUAUUGUAAACUUCUUGCAGGGCUCCUGAAGUAUCGUGAUGCGAUAGUUACUUAGAGAGGUAGUUGUUGGGUUCCGGCAGGCAGGGUAUUUGAUUUCUCGAUUCCAGAGAGGCUGGAUGUGGUGUUUACG